UGACAAGCUCUGAACAUGCUGCUGCUGCUCCUACUGCUGCUGUCAUCAGAUGAUGGCCAGGCUCAGUAUGUGUCAGGACAGAAGAAGAAUGGCUCUUGUGUGUGUGCAGUGAACUCCAGCUUGUGGUCGUUCCCUGCUGUGAAGUAUGAGGACGUGCUGCAGCAGGUUCAGUCCUGUGGAGAAUCUUUGAACAACCUGCAGGAACAGGUGAUGUUGUCCAGCCAGCUUCUUCCUCAGUUCCAGGCUCUGGUUGAGAACGUGACAGCCCGACUGGAGCCUUACCAGUACCUGCACAACCAGGGUCUGUACGCAGCCUUGUCUCUGCGCCUGCUGGGCCAGGAGCUGAGUCAGCUGGAGGCAGAUGUUGGUGCUGUCCACAGCCAGCAAAACAAUGCCCAAACACUGAAACUGUCCAAAGAGGUGGGUAAACUGCGCACAGACGUAGACAACAUGCAAAUGGCAGACAUCAUUAAUAUGAAGACGGUCCAAGAGAGACUGCGUUACCUGAGAAACAGCGCAGAGUCCUGCAGGUCAAUCCCAAAAGACUUCAGAACUCUGGGCAGGCACUGCCUCAGGGGCCUGAUCAACAACAUUAGUGAGCCUGUCAUGACAAAGGUCAGUCCACAUGGUAAAAGCUACAUCUCUGGUUCAUGGGGCAAACAGGCCCAGAUGGACAGUGAGGGACAGAAGAAUAGCUACUGGGUUCAGCCUCUGCUCAGCGGCCACAUCUGGGGCAACACCCUGCGAGUGUACCAAAACUAUGAAGACUUCAUGGCCUCUGCCAGACACAGGGAAUUUACCUUCGCUCCAUCCUACACUCACACUGACAGCAUUGAGGGUCCCAGUGCUGUUCUAUAUGGUGAAGCGCUGUACUAUCAUUGCUAUCGUUCUGCAGAUGUCUGCCGCUAUGACCUGAAAAGCAACACUGUUAAACGGGUGACACUUCCAGGUUCUGGUGUGGGUUUCAACAACAAGUUUCCCUAUUGCUACUAUGACUGUCGUGCCAAUAGUGAUGUGGAUGUGGAGGCAGAUGAGACAGGCAUAUGGGCCCUCUAUGCCACUGUUGGUAACCAUGGUAAUCUAGUGGCGAGCCGGCUAGUGUGGGACAGCGAGGCUGAGACGCUCAAUGUCUCGCAGACGUGGGAGACGAGACUGUUCAAGAAGGCGGUGAGCAAUGCUUUCAUGGUGUGCGGUGUGCUGUAUGCCACUCGAUACGUGGACGAAUACCGCGAGGAGGUGUUCUACGCUUUUGACACGGCAACAGGCAAAGAGGACAACUCAUUAGCACUACCACUGGAGAAGGUAGCCAAAGGAGUGGCCAGUCUGAGCUAUAACCCCACCAACAAGCAGAUCUACAUGUACAAUGACGGAUAUCUACUGGCCUACCAGGCCAGCUUCUGAUCUGAGUCUGUUCUAAUUGAUGUACAUGCUAUCUGUUGAAAUUUCUGUUUUAGCCAUAUUCACGUCAUACCCACAGUGCAGCAAAAUAUAAACAAAACUACAGACGGUGUGGCUCAGACUAUGUUUAACUCUACAUCAUAUUCUGAUAUUCUGAUACAAUAUCAUAAUUAUCAGUGAACUCAGACAUUGUUAGCAGUCAAUCAAUGUGUCAAUCAACAAUUGCAAUUUAUUGGGCAUAUCGCGUACUGCAUGUGGAAAGAAAUAUCUGGAAUGUUACCCUGAAUUGAAAAAAACUAAAAAUCAUUAAUAACCAAAUUUUAUAAAAAUUGUUAUAAUUAUUUUUAAUUACAUUUUUGUCCAAUUAAAAAAUUAUUCCCUAUGUUGUUGGCCAUAAUGCAUAUUAGGCUUAAGCUACAGUCAAAUGUGUGUAUGACUUAUUGGACAAGAUAGUCUCGUAUGUAAAUCAGUGAACCCAGAACAAUGUGGGGUUUAACCACCAGAGUGUGCUGCAAGGUCAAGACAUUGGAACACCAAUAUUAAGAGCAUCUAUCUAUCUUGAAGGCCAACAAUAUACACUCUAACAUGGGAAUAAUCUGAAACAGCAUCAUAAUCUACUUUACUGGCAAGGUAUGGGUACACAGUCUGACCUGUGAACCAAGAACAAAGCUUAACAGAUAAACUUGUACAUGGAAAAAAAAUAAAUGCUUUCCAUCAGCUGUCUGCAGACAGCUUGAUGUUAGAAUUAAAUAAAAACAAAAAAACAAAACUAAAAAUACAGAGUGUAUGCCUUCAGUGCAUGAUCCUUUGAACACCACAGGAUGGCAACUGUAACUGUUAAAACUUGUUUUUUUUUAUUUAUUUUUACACAUAUCAACAAUCAUAACAACCAUUAAAAAAAUAAAAAAAGGACUUGGGAUAAAAACGAAUAAAUAAAUCCACCAAUAUAUUUUUCAUUGUUUCUUU